UUUUAAAAACAGCAAUUCUGUGGUUUUGUGGGUGUGUUUUAUUAGGGAUCCUAAGUGCCAGAACUGGUUACUCCAGAAACAAACAAAAACUAACCCAGAGAUUUUGCUAUCAGAGUGUCAAAUGUAUCGGGAUUUUUACAGUUUACCAUUGCCACUGAACUUCGUUUGGCUGAAGUCUUGGAUCAUUGUGCGCAGGGUGAAAAUAAUACUUUUUGCUUAAUGAUUGGCUACUUUGAAACUUGUCAGUUUGCCCUGGUUUUCUCUGCAUUAGGCUGGUUAUGUCUGGUGAUUGAGUCUUUUGAACCCGAUGAAUGCUGAUUGAUGUAAAUAUUCAGUUGAUCUUUUAAAAAGUGGCAUAUUUCUAUUUCUUAACUAGAAAUGACGGGGAAACAACUAUUAUUUUACAAAAUAUAGUGCAUUUUAAAUAAUUUCGUCAUUGGAAAACUAAGAUUUUUAUUGUUAUAUUUUCGCUAAUUGGGUUUUCAUUACUGUUGUGUGUUUUGCUCUGUUUUCAUCAGAUAACGAACUUGCAUCUGCCUUUCAUUUAAAUAGUUUCCUGGUGGCAUCUGAUAAAAUGAUGUGUAUUUAAAGUGCAUUUGACUUAUUUGUACUCUAACACUUGUUUUUUUCCCUCUAGGAGAGCACAUUAUAGAUUGUAUUUCCCCCUUCUUCCAUGGACUUAGUGUAAACAUGUUUUUUUCUGUUUGAACUUAGUUCUUAAAGACAGUUACCAUAGAUUCCUAUCAAAUAUAAGAAACAGGGUAGGGUAGUUAAACCAUGAGUUGUGGAAAGGAGUUUGUGGAAACAUUGAAAAAAAUUGGUUAUCCUAAAGCUGAUACUCUUAACGGAGAAGAUUUUGACUGGCUGUUUGAGGCUGCUGAAGAUCAGUCAUUUUUGAAAUGGUUUUGUGGAAAUGUUAAUGAACAAAAUGUAUUGUCUGAAAAAGAAUUGGAAGCUUUCAGCAUUCUUCAAAGAUCAGGCAAGCCCAUCCUAGAAGGAACGGCAUUGGAUGAAGUUCUUAGAACCUGUAAAACUUUUGAUUUGAAGACACCUACGCUGGAUGACAAAGAGAUACAGAAAUUAGAAGAUGAGGUUCAAAUGCUGCACAAAUUAUAUAACUUAAAAAUUCAGCAACGGAAUAAAUACCAGUUAAUGGCUUCUGAAACUAGUUACAAAUCUCUGGCAUUAAAUGCUAAACAAGAGGAAGCUACUAAGAAGCUAAAACAAAGUCAAGGAUUCCUAGAUGCUGUGAACACUAAACUCAGUAAUGAACUUCAGGUUCUUACUGAUGAAGUUAAUAAUUUGAUGAUAUUCUUCAGAAAUUCUAAUUUAGGUCAAGGGACAAAUCCAAUGGUAUUUUUAUCUCAAUUUUCCUUGGAAAAGUAUAUAAGCCAAGAGGAGCAAAGCACAGCAGCCUUAACCUUAUAUACCAAAAAACAAUUCUUUCAGGGUAUACAUGAAGUAGUUGAAACUUCAAAUGAAGAAAAUUUUCAACUCUUAGAUAUACAAACAUCAUCUAUUUGUGAUAAUGAAGAAAUCCUUGGGGAGAGACAACUGGAGAUGGCUAGGCUGCAGGUAGCAUACAUCUGUGCCCAACAACAGAUCUUAUACCUGAAAGCAAGUAAUUUGAGCAUGAAGUCAAGUAUAAAAUGGGCAGAAGAGAAUCUUCAUAGCCUAACCAGUGAGGCUGUUGGUAAAGAAAAUUUGGAUGCUAAAAUUUCUAGCUUGAACCGUGAGAUUCUAAAACUUGAAGAACAAAUCACUCAUAUGAAAGACAAAAUUUUGCCUGCUGUAGUAAAAGAGAACGCCCAGUUAUUGAACAUGCCGGUUGUAAAGGGAGAUUUUGAUCUGCAGAUUGCUAAACAAGAUUGUUAUACGGCAAGACAAGAGUUAGUUUUAAAUCAGUUGAUAAAGCAGAAGGCAUCAUUUGAGCUUGUACAGCUAUCAUACGAAAUUGAGUUGAGAAGACAUUGGGAUACAUAUCGGCAACUUGAAAAUUUGGUUCAACACCUUAGUCAAAGAAAGGUGGUGCUCUGUCAGCAAUUAGCAACGUUAACGGAUCCGUCAGCAUCUGAGCAGUUAAACUCCAGGACUCCCAUCAACACUAAAGAUUAUUCUACUCAUAGGCUUUAUCAACUUUUAGAAGGAGACAAUAAGAAAAAAGAAUUAUUUAUAACCCAUGAACACUUGGAAGAAGUGGCUGAGAAAUUGAAACAAGAUCUUUCUCAAAUACAAGAUCAAUUGGCAAUAUCUACUCAAGAACAGUUUUUCUUUCUGUCCAAACUGAAUAAUGAUGUGGACAUGCUUUGUGAUGCUUUGUAUCACGGGGGGAACCAGCUUUUGCUCUGUGAUCAGGAGUUAAUGGAACAUGUUCAUCGAGUUGAAUCUAAGUUGAAUAAACUAAAUCAUCUCCUUACGGAUAUUCUUGCUGAUGUGAAGACAAAAAGAAAAAUUUUGGCAACUAAUAAAUUGCAUCAAGUGGAAAGAGAAUUAUAUGUAUAUUUUUUCAAAGAUGCAGACUAUCUAAAAGAUGUUGUGGAAAAUUUAGAAAACCAGUCAAAGAUUAAGACCUGAUCUUAAAGACUGAAGAUUUCUAAAACUGAAUCUUUACUAUGCCUGCUGUGUUUUAAUUUUUAACUAUUAGGAUGCUAUUUCUAAUAAACACUACUAAUUUUU